CGGGCUUUGACAAGUCACUGAGCUGCUCCCGGUCGCUCGGGCUUCUCUCAGUUCAAUUAUCACCGCAAUGUCUCGAUUUCUCGCAUCAUGGGCUCGAUGUCCAUUGUCAAGAGCUACCACCCGGCUAUCAACAUACACGGCGACGGAAUACGCCAAUAAUUGCAAAAGAUGUUUCUCGAGGAACUCGAUUCUACGUGCCGUGACUCCUUCCGCAGCCUACGAUAAUCCGCAGUCUCAAAAACGAAAUACGUCCACAUUAUAUUAUACGAUAAGUCUCAUCAUCGGAACCGUUGGUCUUGCCUAUGGCUCUGUUCCUCUAUAUAAGAUGAUAUGCCAACAGACCGGCUGGAACGGUCAACCGGUUCUUACGCAUAAAGGCGGAGAGGGCGAUACGGCGUCCCGGCUCAAACCAGUGACCGACUCGCGUCGACUCCGGAUAACAUUCAAUGGCUCGGUUUCCGAUGUUUUACCCUGGAAGUUCACCCCGCAGCAGCGAGAGGUCCGUGUUCUUCCCGGAGAGACUGCGCUUGCAUUCUACACGGCGACCAACAAGGGCCCCGCGGACAUCAUAGGCGUUGCGACCUACAGUGUGACUCCGGGUCAGGUAGCGCCGUACUUCAGCAAGAUUCAAUGUUUCUGUUUCGAGGAGCAGAAGCUCAACGCUGGGGAGUCGGUGGAUAUGCCGGUUUUCUUCUUUAUCGACCCCGAUUUUGCGAAGGACCCGGCCAUGAAGGGCAUUGAUACUAUUACGCUGUCCUAUACAUUUUUCAAGGCGCGAUAUGACGACAAUGGCGUUCUCAAACCCGUAGAUUCAAAAUAAGUACAUAAACUACGAUGACGGGUGGAAAGUCCGAGGACCGGUGGGAAGGUCGCGGGCCACGCAGCUUGCAUUACUAUUACUCAGUAAGUGCAGCGGAGGUCAUCCGAAAGGCCUGAAAGUUACGCGUGAUGUCAACCCGUGCGAUAUUCCAAGGCUCGUGCGAUUUCGCUGAAACAGCCUGGGAAGAAAUUUUCCUAUGUCAUUCGAGAGGCCUUCUUUCUUCCCCCUGAAGACCUAUCUCCUCUCUAGCGGCUCUAGGUAUUGUUGCGGGUGAGUCGGCUCCAAAGCCGACCCAAGGAGUUAUUUUUCUGUACUAUACGGAGUAUUGGGCCCAUAAUGAGAUUCUUGGUGUGUAUAUGAUGUUGGAUGGCUACCAUGUUACCAUAUUCAACCAGUGUACUAUAACAUGCGGACAAACGCAAAAAUGGGAUUCAUGACUGGACUGGAGCACUUCGGUCGGACCAUGUCCGUGGGUAUGUAUGUAUGUAUGGCUACACACAGCCGGUGCAUCUAACGAGGGAAACGAGGGAGCCGAAUGCAACACUGCCAUGCCGCAUGUAACAUCGGAAGCCCAAGAGGAAACUCAAUCGCUAGAUGAGUAGAUAUUGUGCGAACCCCACAAAGUCCAACGUCCCCGGCAUGAAGGUUAAGGGGCCUAUGGAGAAAUUAUGGAUUCGGCACGGAGUAGCGGUGCCGCGGUUGC